CUUCCCUCCACCCACCACUCACUCACUUUCUCCUCUUACCCCGGGGACUCCUCCCGUCCUAGAAUGUCCUCUUCGCCUGUCGACAUCCCUUGUCUCUCCCCCCGAGUCUCAUGCUAGAGCCGACCUCAUACCUCCUGGAAGUGCCCAUUGGCAAUGGCGCAAUGCCGGUGUCUGUUGCGGCGGGCUGGGUCGGUCUGAUCUGGUACAUUGUCGUGCUAGCUGUAUGUGCCUUGGGAUAUUCUCAGAUUUGGCGAUAUUUCUUGCGACGACCCCGGCCCUCGACUCUGACCACCAACCCGGACGCUCCUCAUGUCACGGCGAUUCGACCGGUGAAGGGCCUCGAGCCCCAUCUGUACGACUGCCUUGCGGCCACCUUUCGCCAGGACUACCCCCGUGACAAGCUCACCGUCUGUCUCUGUGUGGCCACGCGCGACGACCCGGCCUAUCCGACCCUUUGCAAACUCCUUGUCGAUUUCCCCGAUGUCGAUGCGCGUGUAUAUGUCGAGGAGGAGGACCCAUUGUUGCAGGGUAUUGGACCGGGUGCGUACGCGCUUGGGCCGAACCCCAAGAUUCGGAACAUGAGCCGUGCGUACCGUGAAGCGAAGGGUAAUAUAAUUUGGAUCAUCGACUGUAACGUCUGGGUUGGAAAGGGCGUCUGUGGUCGCAUGGUGGACAGACUUUGUGGAACGGGAGCUACUUCAGGCAAGAAAUUCAAGUUCGUACAUCAUCUGCCCGUCGCGGUGGAUGUUACGGGCGAGAAUAACUUGAGUGGAGAGCGACAGGCGCUACUAGAUGCUCGUCCAAACGCUACCGUGCCUAGGGCCGCAGAUAUCUCCUUGAUGUCCAGGCGUCCAGAAGAUGGGUUUACCAGCACCAUUGAAACGGGCGGUGGUCGUCUGGAGGAGCUCUUCCUGUCUUCAUCGCACGCCAAGAUGUACACCGCUAUCAACACGGUUCUCAUUGCGCCAUGCAUCGUAGGCAAGUCGAACAUGUUCCGUCGCUCACAUUUGGACUACCUCACGGCCCCGACCCCAGGAGAUCGUAACGCUCGGCACCCUGGUGUUGACUAUUUCUCGGACAACAUUUGCGAGGACCACUUGAUUGGUGACUUGCUUUGGCGCAAGAAGAUCCGGGAAGAAAAGGAGCUCGGCGAGCGUUGGGGCAAACAUGGCAUGGUGUUUGGAGACCUGGCGAUCCAGCCCGUGGCCAACAUGAGUAUAAGAGGGUACAUCGCUCGACGAGUGCGGUGGCUGCGUGUCCGCAAAUUCACGGUGCUCCUGGCAACCCUCGUCGAACCAGGUACCGAGUCUUUCGUAUGCUCGAUUUACGGCGCCUGGGGCAUCACAACCGCGUUAGCCCCAUACCUUGAGCAGAAGGGAUAUUCUUUUGCCGCCGGCCUCGCGACUUGGACCUCGUUCUUUGCAAUUUUCGCACUGAGCAUCGCAUUUUGGAUUCUGGUCGAUUGGACUCUCUAUAUCAAACUGCAUUCUGCAAAGGCCAUUGAAGUCGACGAGGACACCCCCGUCUUUGCGCGGCCUAAUCGCCGCCCCUCCCAAGCCACUCGCCGACCUUUCCUGCAGUGGUUUGCCGCCUGGCUCGGCCGUGAACUUUUGGCUCUGCCUAUCUGGAUUAUAGCCGUCUAUGGUGGCGUCACAGUUGUCUGGCGAGACCGGCGUUUCAAGGUUGGAUUUGACGCUAAAGUCCGCGAGAUUGACUCGGACCGUGGCGUACCAUCGGAGGGCUCAUACUCGACCGGGUCGGUUGUAGACUGGUUUCCUGUCUCGCCGCAGGCCAAUGGUGGUGUGACGGGGAAAGUCCGCCGUGACUGAUGAUUUGCAUCUACAUCUGUACAAAAGUAUUCAUCUGCGUACUGUAUAUUAUAGUGAAGCUAUAGAUAUUUUUCUUCAUCCAUCCUCUUCGAAUGAGACUCACAUUACAAUGUUACGAUAUCUCCCGUG